AUGGAGCUAUUUCGCGAAGCCAGCGAGGACAUUCCACCAGCUUUACGUUCCGAGAUUUGGUCCGCUUUGCUAGGGGGCGCUCCCUCAGCGGUGGACCAGGCUUGCUGGGCACCCUUCUAUGAGAAUCUACUCACUGCGCCUUUGAAAAGCCGAGAUCAACUGGGCCAUGCCCAUCUACUGGGCCAUCGCGGCAGCUCGAAUGCUUUGGCAACUCCAGCUGCGGAGGAGGACAUCCUGCAAACAGCCAUGGUUUGCAUCCAAGGCUGGCAAGAAAAGCACCAGGGCAUCAGAGGAGGCGAGUCCCACAGUGUGGGCUCAGUCAUUGCCAGGCUCGAGAGAAUUGUCCGGGCCGUGCUGACCGCCAAUCCCUCACUGCGCUGCGCGACAGGCCUUGGGGUAUUGUGCCAGCCUAUUGCCGCCGUCUUCGGUGCCGAGGAGGCAGCAGCUUUUUUGGCAGCGCAGCGAAUCCUCCACGGCUUUCUUUGGCCGCUCUACGGUCGCGAUGGCAAAGCACAGCGCAGGCACUAUCUGCAACUCUUUGGGGCUCUGCUGGGUUUUGCCGAUCCAAUCCUGGCGCUUCAUCUGCAGGAGUUGGGCAUGGAACCGGAGGCUUAUGCGAGCGAUUGGUUCUCGACUUGGUUCGCUCAGCUUCUUCCACAAUCGCAGGCUGUGCGUUUGUGGGAUGCUUUGCUCCUGCGGCCGCCGCAGUUUUCGCUUUUCGUUGGAGUUUGCUUGGUGCAUUUCUUCAGGCUCUCCUUGUUGGCGCUGGAGGAAGCGUCCCACGUCGCCAGCUUCCUGGCCAGUUGUGCUCAGCUCGUCGACUGUCAAGUGCUGGUCUCCUCUGCGGUCGCUCUUUUUCAGGCCACUCCGGCCUCUGUGACGCUGCCGGUGUUCCCGCGGCAUUCUGCCGGCGAGGCGCUUCUCUGGGAGCAUGGUUCUACCGCGAUGGCAGCGGCAGAUCCCGAUUGGGGAUAUCUCGAUUCAAUUUCGAUGGACCCGUGCAUUGAUCCAAAGAUUGAUCCAAGCGGGCUUAAAGACGGUGAGACAUCUCCACACCAACAGCUAUUGCAGCAUGCCACGGAGCAGUGGCGCCAGUGCGAAUGGUGGCGGCAGAGAAUCAACAACAGCCCAACUCCUCCCAUCAUCACUGUGGACGACCUCCUCAGCUUUCGAAGCUGCUGCUAUGUUCUGGAUGCGCGCUCAAGCGAGGAGUUCGCCGACUGCCAUUUCCAAUCCAGUAUCCACGUUAAGGAUGCGGACGUCCUGGACUUGCUGAGGACUUUGCCACAAGAGCUAGUGGCGCAGUGCGGUACGCCUUCACCGUCCCUGCAGAAGACAAGCACAUCAGCAAGUGGAGUACAAGCAAGUGCUGAAGGAAGUGCGGCUGCAUCUGAGCCGCUCGCUUCCAGCAGCCCUGAAGAAGCGCCCCCUUGGCUGGGCAAGGAUCUCCGGCCGCGUCUCGUGGUCGUGGUGGGUGGGGAAGACUUGGGCACCGACUUUGCGGAACGACUUCGAAGCGAAGGAAUACCUGGAAAACUCUCACACUCGCAAGGCAUGUGGUGUGCUUGUUGGGCGGCCUCGCAGCGCUUCGUGAGGAAGCGCCCCGGCACGAUCUCCCAGCGCGCUUACGCAUUGCUGGGGGUAGGUUGUGAUUCACUUCUCGAGGAUUGGAUUGUUAAUGCGUGGCGAGUGAUGGAAGGCCAGACCUUUUUACGGCAACAUCCGAAAGAGAGGUUCACCUGGAGUUUCUGCAACGAGCUUGGCUUGCUUGGACUCUCGCAUGCCGUCAUGGAGCUAGCAUCAGGGUCUGUUUUGGCUCGGUCAGCUGUAGUCGACCCUUCGCGCGACUGGCCGGUCAUGGUCGCGCAAUGCGGCCUUCCCCGCGCCACAGCGGUUCUUUGGCAGCUCGAGGGCCUCGUGAGGGCAAAUCUUCGGCCACAGAUCUACCACCUCAACGCAGUAUUGAAUGCAUGUGGCAGAACGGGUGAUUGGCGCUUUGCGGUAGACCAUCUCCAGAAGAUCGUGCAGCAUGACCUUUGGCCUAACAAGUUCAGCUUCUCCGCUGCCAUCAGUGCUUGUGAGAAAGGAAACCACUGGCAGGUGGCACUUGCACUCCUCGCCGGCAUGCCCGAAUGGAAGGUUGCCGCGGAUACCGUUGUUCUCAACACCGCGAUCAGUGCCUGUGGCAAAUCAGAACAAUGGGAGGCAGCGUUGCAUCUGCUGCACGGGAUGCACGACUCUCUUCUGGAGGCAGACGCCGUUAGCUUCAAUGCUGCCAUCGUCGCAUGCCGGAACUUCUGGCAGCUGGCCUCACAACUGCUGCAGGAUGCUUUGGUGGGGCAUCGUGCAGUCGUCAACAACUGGAACGCCGCAGCAUCGACACAAUCCUGGGAAGCAGCGCUGUCACUGCUGCUAGCGCUGCAAGGCGCUAGGGCCGCUCGGGAUGUGGUAUCUUUCAGUGCGCUGUUCGGCGCACUUGGUGUUGGUAAGAGAUGGCCGUUCGCUGGACGUGCGCUUCAGCAGAUGAGAGAGAAGGACAUCGACUCAGAUGUUGUUUGCGCCAAUGCUGCUGCGAAUGCAUGUGCCCAAGGUGGAGUUUGGCAAGCCGCCUGGUCAUUUCUGCAGGACUUGUGUAUGCUAUCAUUGCGAACAGAUCAAGGUUUGGUCAGCUCCACAAUCAGUGGAACGCGGGUAGAUGCAGAACUCGACAAGGAGGGUUGCGCAUGGAUCUUUGCUCUGCGGAUCCUUGGACAUUCCCAGGAUGUGGCAUUGCCACCUUCUGCUGUGAGCCGAUCCAAUGCCUUGUGCACCUGUGGCAAAUCAGCUGCUUGGGAGGCUUCGCUCAGGCUUUUCGAGUCCUUGCAAUUGACGACGGUGGAGCCGGAUUCCGUGUGCCACACCGUUACCAUCAACGCAUGGCAAGCAGGAGAUCGUUGGCGCCAUGCAAGCGUGGCCUUAGAGGCGAUGCCAUGCGAGCGCCUUUCCACCGAUGCUUUCGCUCAUGGUGCUGCCCUUUAUGGUGGUCGAGUCGGAGCUGCUUGGGCUGCUGCCUCGGCGAUGCUCCACGCAAUGCAAUCCGGCGGCUUGCGAGCUUCAGCACCCAGCGACACCGCGGCCAUUGGUCACUUAGCAAGAGAGGGACAGUGGCUUCAAGCCGUGCAGUACUUUGCGAAGGUGCAGAUGCAGCAGAGCAGUGUGGAAGCAACAUCCUGCUGCGUAGCCAUCCGCGCGUGCCAGCAGGCUUCUACCUGGGAUUGGGCCCUUGCCGCCCUCAGUGCUGGAAGAGAUGCAGAUUGCAACGCUGCUGCCCUUGGGGCUUGCAGGAAUGGUCGUCAGUGGAUUCGCUCAGCCAGCCUCUUGAUGGAGAUGCUGGCUUUUGCCGUCAAGCUUGAUAUCGCCAGCAGCACCUCGGCUGCUUCUGCAGCGUCCGCGGCAGGCGAGUGGUCUAGGGCACUCUCGCUCCUCUGCCAUGCUGCAACUUCGCGUGCCGUCUUGGACGAGAAAAGCUUCCUCAUCACCUACCAGCUGCUGCGGCAAUCCGGGCAAGAAGCGUUGGGCUUGGUGCUCGAUUUCGAGGAGCUCGCCUCGGCGCAGUUUGUCUCGUUCAUGCCGUGGGCCCUGGCCUCCAUGGGCGGAGCCAGUGCUGAAGACAUGCAUGGAACCAUGGCCGAGGCUGCUGCUGCGAUCCGGCGCGAAGCACCAACACCCAUGGCAUUGGCCAGCCUUUGGUGGUCAGCCUCCAUGUUGGGUGUGACAAGCCCUUCCUUUGCUAGAACGUUGAGCAAGUAUGCCCGCCAACAAGUCGAUGCAUUCCGUUUCAGCGAACUGCUAAUGGUCCUUUGGGGCGCAUGCGGCAGUGCGAAGGACCAGCAGGUGCAGUUGGCUUUCCAGCGGGAAGCAGCGGACAGACUAGACAAACUUGACUGGGCGAGCUUGCCCAGGCCGAUGCAGAUUGCAUGGACGUUGGACUGUUUGGGCUCGCUGUGGGCCUGCACCUUCUCUCGCACCCUCACGGCCGAUGCCCACCAUCGAAUUCGUGCGGCGUUGCUCCGAUUUGGAGGAAUGUUGGACCGCAUUCAGGAGACGAUCGUUCCAAAGACUCCAGGAAGACAGCGCUUGGUGCAUGAUGAAUCUCAGCCGGCGAUUGUGUUGGAUGCCUGGGACAGUGUGGUCCUCUUCAAGCCCGCAGAUUAUGAAGUCCAUGACGAAAACUCCGAUUUACCCCAGCUGUCGUGCUUCAUGUCUGCCAUGUUCUGCAAUAAGUUGCCGAUUCUGCACGAUGAGGAGCACGAGCAUGGCUUCCUCCACCGCUUAGAUGUGCCAAGUUCUGGACUAAUCUUGGCUGCCAAAUCCUUCGAGUGUUACUAUGAUCUGCAGGUGCAAUUGGUGACUGGUCAAAUUUUGCGAGACUCUUGCCGGUGA